UGCCAGUCGCGCAGGAGAGAUCAAUAAAGUACGAGACUGCCAGCCGAGUGCGUCGCUGUUUUUCAGUAAACAUCGCACAAGCCAGCGAGACAGCGGCUAGAGCGAGUUUUCUCUAUUCUGCGAGCCCCUUUCACACUCAGAACCGCUGCUGGUACGAUGCCAACCGCUAAACUGAGCAGGCAGAGCCGCUGCUAGUGAAUCGUGGACUGAAGCGCUCUGUUGUGCGACUGACGGGGGUUGUGCAGAGCGCUAUUUAAUUCAUCGCUGAGCAGUAAACUGAAAUCGCGGGUAUCCCCGAAGAUGCGCAUGGACCCGAGCAUCCUUCCAGUCCUGUGUGGAGUGAUGGUUAUGAUCUCCAGCUGCCUUGGCGCGAGGGUUCUGAGCGGCCAGACAAUCUGCCAGGGAGGACCAGAGCACCCUUGCUACAAGAUCGCCUACUUCCGGGACGUGUCGAGCCGCGUGGCCUUCUGGGAGGCCAGACAGGUGUGCGAGAUGGACGGUGGGGCGCUGCUGAGUGUGGAGAGCCAGGCGGAGCAGCAGCUCAUCGAGCGCCUCCUCCAGGAGCUCAGCUCCACCUCCUCCGGCCCUUCCUCCUCCAACCCCGCCCAGUCUGAGCCCGGCAUCGCUGACGGAGACUUCUGGAUCGGUCUGACCCGGGACAGAGAGCCUCAGGACCAAGGCGGCUUCGCCACCUGUCCCGACCUGUACAGGUGGGCCGACAACAGCGUCUCACAGUUCAGGAACUGGUACUACGAUGAGCCGUCCUGUGGGGGUGAGUCCUGUGUGGUGAUGUACCACCAGCCCACUGCUUUCCAUGGGCUUGGCGGGCCCUACCUGUACCAGUGGAAUGAUGACAGGUGCAAUAUGAAGCACAACUUCAUCUGCAAGUAUGUGCCAGAGAGCCUGCUGGAGAAGGAGUUUGCAGACCGACCACGAGAACCAGAUGUGUCCCCAAAGCAACCAGAGGAGAGUGACCCCUCUGGGAAUAAAGAAGACCCCCACGUUCUGGUGGCUGGCCCCUCAGGCCCAUUGUGUAUGAAUGUGAGUAGAGUUUGUGCUGUGCUCUCUGAAGGACUGCUCCUGGUGUAUGUGAUUAUCCCCACCAUUCCACUUCUACUGCUGAUCCUGGUGGCUUCAGGAACUUGUUGCUUUCAGAUGCUGAGCAAGAGCAAACCACGGACCAAAACCAGCAUCAAUCAGUCAACGCUGUGGAUCUCAAAGGCGCUGAAGGCUGACAAUGGCAUGGAGGUGUGACCAACAGGCUGGCCCAAAUGCAGUACAGCUGAUAAUUAUGAUGUUGAUAUAAAUAAUCAAACUCGUAUUUCCUUUUACUGGACUAAAGAAUGGCACCAUAGGAAAUGUCUUCUCCCAACACACACUGGAGCCAAACUCCACACACAACUAAACCAAACACACCUGAAAAAAACUCAACACACACCUGAGCCAAAUUUUACACACAGCUCACCCAAAUACAUCUGGAACAAACUCAACACAGACACACACCUGAGCCAAGCUCCACACACACCUAACAACAAAAUACACCUGAAACAACUCCACACACAACUGAGUGAAACUCCACACACAGCUAACACAAAUGCACCUGAAAGUAAUUCAACACAGACCUGAGCCGAACUCCACACACAUCCAACCCAAAUGCACCUGAAAAAACUCAAAACGCACACCUGAGCCAAAUUCAACAUACGAGCCCAAAUAUACCUGAAACAAACUCCUCAUGCACCUAGGUCAGACUCCACAUUACCCAAAUACACCUGUCCCCAACACACCUGAUACAAAUGCCAAAUACACCAGAUCUGGAAGGGUUAAAAUGAGGUUUUACUGCUCAGAGAGUGAGUUUGUGAACAGCAUUAGGUCUGCACAUAUUUAUAAAUCCAAGCAUGAAAUGUUAAUAAACAGUGCAACAUACCAGCAUUGAAUCAAAAUAAUCCAAGUAAAAGCAUCAAAGAAAAACAUACUGUAGACAUUGGAUUGUUUGAUGUGUUAAAUCCAGAACGACCAACAAUUUGCACAUCAUUUUAAGGGUUAAUCAUACAAUUUAUGUUCUUUUGGCUCUGUAGUACAGCACAUUGGAUUAAGCGAAACAAUAAAUGUGAGGUUAAUGUGCAGACUUUUCCCUUUCAUUUUAGGUUAUUUGCAUCCAUAUCAGGUGAUGCGUGUAGGAAUCAAAUCUCUUUUCAACAUUAUCCCCACCCCCAUUUUAGGGGACCAAAAGUAAUGGAAGGUUGGCUUCUUGGCUGCUUCUGCAUAGUCAGAUUUAUUCAACCACUUCCUUAGUUCAAGUAUAAGAAAGCUUUCAGUAUCUAGUCUUGAUUCUAGGCUUUUUCAUUGCCUUUGGAGUCUGUUUCAUACAGAUGAGACCAAGAUUGACUUGUAUCAGAGUGAAAGCAAGAGCACCAAAGCACACCCCCUCAUCUGUGAAACUGUAUGGCUGCCACAUGUGCUGAUUCACGUGCCUUCAUUGAUGAUGUUACUGCUGAUAGCUGUAGCAUAAUUAAUUCUGAAGUCUACAGAAGCAUCAUCAGCAAGGCAAUGAUCCCAAACAUACACCAGUGCUUUUUCUUCUUAAUGAUGUUCCAAACAGUUUAUAGUUCAGUUUAAAUAGGUUUAUUGUUAGCCUAUGUCUCUGACUGUUUUUUUUUCUGUCUAAUUUCUCAGCCUUAUUAUGGCUUAAUUGGCACAACUCUGGGUCUAUGUUGACAAAUGCCAGUAACAGACUCCAAAGCCUAGAAUCAAGACUAGAUACUGAACGAUUUCUUCAACCUGCCUGAUGGAAGUGAUUGAAUACACCUGGCUAUUCAGAAGCAGCUGAGAAUCCAACUGCCCAACUACUUUUGGUUUUGGUCCCCUAA